UGUCACUUGCAGGUUCUGUGGUCCGGCCACAAAAGUGAGCGUGUACUGUAUCAGCCCGCCGAGGCUGGAGGUAAGGACGCUAGCAGAAGCUCUGUCGGAGGCUGGGGACCGACUAUCUCGACUCGUCCUCACUCCACAGCAGGUGGCGCUGCUAGCGAGCCCCGAGCCCAGGGUCUUCGUAACAGGCCCUCCAGGCACGGGCAAGUCGAUCGUCCUGGUGCUGAAGGGCGUGCAGUGGCUCAAGGAGGGCGAGGACGUUCACGUGGUCAGCACCUUUUCCAACAGCCUGGCCGUCUCGAGCCUGAUUCACCACCAGAUGUCGCUCACCAUCAAGGCCAGUGAGGAGCAGGCUGUGGGGAAGCCCCAUCUCCACAACUUUCAAUUCUUUGAAGACGAGGGCCAGGUAGAGUUGGCUGUGGAGACGAUGGUGGCGGCAGCUGAGAAACAACGAGUCAACAUCCUCGUGGACGAAUAUGAGAACGGCGAACACGACCUGUCCAAGCGGUGGCACAGGUUUGUGUCGGAAGUCUGCAAUCACAUCGGAAACGUUCGUCUGUGGAUCGCCUCGUCCAAGGGCACCAAUCUUCCACCGGAACUUCACAAAGAAACACUAACAGUGCCGCUCAGGUCGGCCCCAAGCGUGGUCGCGGAGGUGGACAAGGGAGUUCGUGCGCUCGCGAACAUUCCCGACUACACCUCCGCGGGCAUCCCGGCUCCACUCGACGGCCCGCAAGUCAUUCGACUACAUCACCAAGGCCCUGACCACCUAGAAGCUAAUAUUGUGGAAUGUGAGCAGUGUGGGAGGAACAUAGCAACAGAGCUGAAACAGCUGAAAGUUGGAGCAGGACAAGCUAACGCGAGUCCUGUUCAAAAGAGACCGGCGCCAUUACGGUAUUGCGACGUCUUCAUCCUUGUCCACAGCUACGAUCUGCUCGGCACGUCUUCCGAAGAUUCGAGUGGGAAGGUUAACGGCCUUGUUCGGGGCUUGAGGGAUGCUGGGAUACCUGUCCGAGUGGUUCGAGAUAGGAGUCGUGGGGUGGAAGGGUGGGACUGUGAUGUAAGAGACACAUCUGUGGCCCGGACGGACAUGGUCACCGUGUCGGACUGGGGAGACGUGGUGGGCAUGGAGAGAAAGGUCGUCGUGUGGUUGCCGGGGAGAAUCCCUGGUGACGACGACAAGCUCAGCGACGAGCAUCUGGACAGGAUCGGGAGAUUAUGGGCAAUGUCUCGCUGUAUAGUGCAACUAAUUCUAGUAGAUAUACCUACUAACAGUGAAUGACAAAUACAAUAUUACAAUCUUGGUCUUCAAUAUUUUGUCGGAUCUUAUAAAGCUUACGUGGCAGAAUGAUUUGUCCACUGAACGCUUGUUAUUUCCAGUUAUUCCCAAAAUACUGUUAGCGGGACAGUCCCUAGCUCAUUGGUAAAACCCUCGCUUGAAACUAUCAUAAAGUCUUCGGUUAAGAUCUUGUCUAAUUUUCUCCGCUUUCAUUGCUACUUCCUGUGAAUCACCAAGAAUUAAUCCCAUAAUACUCAACCAUGCAAGGGAAAGAACUUUGAUGUGCAUGAACGCAUUUUUA